UAAUCAGAAGCAGGAAGUGCAGACGAGAAAUGGCUUCUGCAGAUUUACCAACCAGACAUCACCGGAAUGACACGAUUAAGAGAAGACAGACUCCAUCUGCACUUGAUAUUUUGAUGCAGAUGGGGUUCCCAAAGCAACGAGCAGAGAAGGCCAUAGCUGCUACUGGUGAUAAUGGUGUACAGCUAGCAUCAGACUGGCUGUUGUCCCAUGUGCAUGAUCCCACCUUAGACAUCAACAUUCCUAGAGAGUAUAUCCUGUACUUAUGUCCUGUCGGACCACUACAAAAACAGCUGACAGAAUUCUGGGAAAAGAGCCAGAAUCUGUGUGGAUUUAAUGGAGCUCAUUCUUAUUUUCCACAUGUCACACUAUGUCCUUUCUUCAAAUGUGAUGACAACAAAGUGCAUGUCUUGAGUGAAGCAAUGGCCAAAAUGGAAGAGAAAUUAAGUCAGUGUCCAGGAAAAUUACAGCUGGACUUCUUCAGCCAAGUAAAUUUUAUUGGAUUGUUUAUCAGAGAUCAGCAUUAUGACUUCCUUAUGAAAAUUGCAGAUGAUUUUUCUGCAGAAAUUAGAAAAUCAGGUGUUAAUCUAGAGCCUCACAGAAAGCAGUUACACAUGACAUUAGCAUACCAGUAUCCUACAGAGCAGCACGAGGCCUUGCUCAAACUAGCCAAAGAAAUAGAUUUGUCAGCUGACGUUAGAUGGGACUACAGAUUAUAUUCUAGGGAUGCCAGAUCUGGACCGACAGAGGUCCGUAAAGUGAUUAAAUGUUACACACAUCAACUUGGUGAUGAAUUGGAGCUGAUUGAAGGAGAUUUUAUUUCUGUGGAUCUUGCCGAAGUUGAGAAAAGUAAAGAUCGUUGGUAUCAUGGUACUUCCUGGUUAACAGGGAAUGCUGGGAUGUUUCCAGGAACCUACACUAAAAAGACGCAGGAGACAUUUGCAUGGACUAAACAAAGGUCCUAUCCUCUUGUAGAAAGACCCUCUAGUGUUAACCCUGUAACAAAUGGUUUCCAUUCUGAAGUUGCUCAUGAUGAAAAUCAAUAUGCACUGGUUGUUAAAAACAGACCACAUGAUUCCCCUAAGUUCACAAGAUCCCAUCCACCGAAAAAAACACGAGCUGAAUCACCACCACCGAAACUGCCACCUACAAAAAUAAAUCGAGCUGAUUCAAAUCCAACAAAAAUAACCAGAGCUGAAUCACCACCACCGAAACUGCCACCGACAAAAGUAAAUAGAGCUGAUUCAAAUCCAACAAAAGUAACUCGAGGGGAAUCACCACCACCAAAGCUGCCACCAAAGAAAACUGGUCCAUGUAAGCUGUUUAUAAUGAGGCAUGGUGAACGUCCUGACUUUUCACUGGGAAGAAGCUGGUUCGAAGAAGCAUUUGAUGAUGAUGGUGUGUAUACAAGAAAAAAUCUAAAUUUACCCGAGAAGAUGUAUAAAAGGAAGACCUACUUAGAGUAUAACUAUGAUCCACCAUUGACAGAGGUUGGAAAAUUUCAGGCUAAAAUUGCUGGUGAAUAUUUACUGAAAACAAACUGCAGUAUAUCUCACAUUUACACGUCACCUUCCUUACGCUGUGUUCAGACUUCAGUAGAAGUGUAUAAAGUGUUAGGGCUAACAAAUAAAAUCAAAAUAGAACCAGGUCUGUUUGAAUGGACCUAUCAUGUUGGAGUGCCAAAGUUUAUGGACCCCCAGGAGCUGACUGAUGUGGGUCUACCAAUACUUACAAACCAUUGUCCACAGUUUGUAAGAGAGGACUUGGACCCUGAUGAAAAUGUUGAUGAACUCUACCACCGGUGUAACAAAGCUACUAGAGAAAUACUCAAAUCACAUGAAAAAAGUGGAGAUAGUGUACUAUUAGUAGGACAUUCAGGAACAUUAGAUCUCUGUUCGAGAUCAUUGUUAGGGAAACAAUCAAAAAGUGAACCGCAAUACCAAGACUUUAUUACCAAAAUUCCAUUUUGUUGUGCAAUCAGUAUUCAACAGAGUCCGGAUAAAAAGAAAUGGACAGUGUGUAGUGAUCAUCAUCUUCCGUUAAGUAUGGGCAAGUGUACAGGUCUGAAGAUAGAUACGUUAAAACGGGUCAUGGAGUAGAGUUGUGAUAUCUACAGCAUUCCAGUAAACAUUUAUGAUGUUUGUUUUGUUUUACAAAUACUGUUAAUUCAGAAAUUAUGGCAAACAUUUAUUAUUGGGAUUUUGUCAUUUCAGACUAAAAUGCUUUUUAAUUUUUGCCAUAUUGAGAAAAAGCCAGUUUUAUUCAUAUAAAAAAAUUCAAAAUGUGAGCUUGAAGUUUUGCAAAUAUUAACCUGUCAUAUUUUUUGCAAUAAUAAAAACAUCGCAAUAAUUUCUGAAUUUACAAAAUGUGCUUUGUAAGCAAACAAUUUUCCAAAAAUUGCACACAUGUAUUUUUAAGUAGUUAUCUGACAUUAUGCAGCUUUUAAACAAUUAUAUAUUCAUAUGCAUGUACUUUUUUAGGGUAAAGAUUGCAUAAAAUGCAAGCAGAACCCUAAAGUACUUACUUGAUAUCUGUAUCUUUCAAGGUUGAUCACUACCUUUAAAAGUUCAAACAAAAUAGUGCAGUGAAGGGAUCAAUCCUCCUAUCCAGUCAAUACAAUUUAAUGAUCAUUGUUAUACUUUGAUAUUUAAGUUACAAGAUGCUAUGGAUUUGAAUUACCAUACUUGUCAAAAAAAUAUUUUUUAAUUUAAAAUCCUGGUAUCUAUAAUGAGUUUAUUUAUAACUUAUAAUUAAAGUUAUGUAUGUUGCAUAUUUCUGAGAGCAAAAUCUGUUGCAUGUAAAAGACAGCCUUGUAGAUUUUGAAAUAGAAGGCUAAUAUCACUAAUAGUCAGCACUCACACCUGCAAAGUGGAAAGGGAUAAAUAUAAUUUGCAAUAACUUGUUUCCCAAUCCACUAUAAAUAAAUAUGUUUAAACUAACUACAAAUGUACAAUCACAAACAAAGGAAGAUAACUCCAACUAGAAUUUUUUAAAUAUCCUAUCAAAUUCAGUUCAAAUUUAUUUCAAAAUUCACAAAAUUGUAAACUGAAAGCAAUCUUUACCCUUCAUUGAUCACUAUGAUUUUGUUUAACAAAUUGUGCUUUUUUGUCAAAUAAUUUUAAACAGCUGCACAUAUGUAUUUUUAAGGAAUUAUCAUUAUUGAGCUGUCCAACAAUUAUAUAUUCUUAUACUUUUUAAUACUCUAUACCUGGUCAUUCUGUGCAAUUAAAAUGUAACUUAAGUAGACUUUAUGAGUGAUUUUGGUCUUCCCCCACCAAUAUGUUAGUUCUUGAACAGUACUUACUUUAAAAGGGAUAAAUGGUAGCUUUUAUUACAUUGUAUUAGACUACAAAAUAAAAAUUAUGAAUUUUUGUUUGAGAUAUAAAUAAAAAAUAAUACUUUAUAUGCAUUUCCCUGUUAAUAAAAAUAAAAUAAUUUUACAAUUUCAGUUAAGUUUUUUAUUUAUUUUAUUAAUAACUUUGACAUUUUUAUUGAACUUUAUUGAAGAGUUUUAAGCUCAAGAUUACCUACCAUGACAAUAGCAUGUUUAUUAUUAACUUUUUGGUGUAUUAUUUUUGGUGAAUCCAGAAUUUAUAAGAAAAAAGAUCCUAAAAUGUACCAUCUGAAGUUAUAUAGAAACAGAUGUGUAAAAAAUGUGAAGUAUUGAAAUCAUUACAACUUGAUUUAUAGAAUAUCAAAAAUUUCAAUACUUGAUGUUUUAUUCCCAUGCAUUCAAUAAGUAUGGGAAUAGUCCAUUUUCUAGAUUGUGGGUAAGUUUGUUCGACCAUCGUGUAAAAGGUUAAAGUUUUGGGAUAAGGCACUCUAAUAUUCAUCCUGGAAACUUAGUACACACGUUCAUUAUGUUAUGAACUUUUAAAAUAUAUGCCAAAUUCUUCAGUUCACUGAACUUGGAAGUGUGAUGAUGCAGUUAGGAUAUGAUAUUCUUUGUACACAAAAGUCUUGUUUUGUUUGAAAUAACUUAUGAUAAAUUUGAAACAGAAUUGGAAAUAUUGAUGUCAUAAACUGUAAAUAGAACUCAAUAAAAUGAUCAUUGUUUUAUUCAUUACAAUUGAGAAUGUAUAUAAUGAGAAGUAACAGUGCUAAUUAAUGAAUUCCUUAUGAACAAAAAACACAUUUCUAUUAUUAGUACUUGAAUAUAGUUAAGUUGCCAAAAUAUUACAUGCUCUCAUAAUCAAAUAGUGAUAUAAUUAAAUUAAUGUAUUAUGUAUUUUUUUUUUAAAGAUUUUUGUUAGCCUUGUUUACCUUUUAUUAUAAUUGUUUAUGUGAAUGUAUUAAAUUUCCACUUUCAGAAUAUAAAUGUUCUUCUUAGCAAGAGAACCUUUGUCAAUGUACACCAUACAUGUACUGACUGCUGAAACAUUUUGUCUUGACAAGUCAAUUUACUUAUGUGAAAUAAUAUAAGCAACACGGUGUUUUUGUCUUAAGAAUUUACUUAGGUGAGAUUAGGUGAAAAUUGAUAAAUCAAGAAUUUAAAAUUGAUACAAUAGCUGGUAGAGCAUUCAUUAUAAAUAUAAAAAUAAGCUGAAAAUAUUGAUAGGUCAUGGAUCUCCUAUUUCCAGAUAUUUGAGAUUUCAAAUAUGGCGAGAAAAGGCUGACUCAGACUUUUACCUUAUACUUGCAUUGGUAUUAUUUUGGUCUCAAAACAAAAGAACGAAAAUCAAGAAUCUUCUAAAAUUUUGGUAAAUGACCUUUCAUGAGCUAUUAAUUCUUAUAUGAAAAAAAUAAAUGGAUGUUAUGGGGCCAAAUAUUUUAACUUGUAUUGUAUGGAAAAACACCAAGGAGUCCGAACAUUUGACACAAAUUUCCAAAACCUCACUUAAGUUCAUUCUUAAAGCAUGAUGAAAAAUUACUGUUUUGGUUUGUUAACAAAGUAAAGUAAUUUCAAAUGAACCAAGCUCUACUAUUAACCAUGUAUUUGAAAUAAAACAUGCCACCUGACCUAAUACACCUUAUCACUAUCUGUCCUCCAUUACUGGAUAUCACACAAGUGCCCCGUAAAAUUUUGACGUCAUAAAACAAAAAAAACUGACACAACAAUGAAAAACUGAUUGGGUUGUUGUUGAUGUCAAAAGUUCAAGCACCUGGGUCAGCCGGGAUUAGCAAUAAGGUGUAUAUUAAAUAUACUCAGUGUCCUCAUGUUUGCUUGUAACUAACCAAAACAUUUUUGUUCAUGUUAUUUGUUAAUUUCAUUAUUUUCUAAUGUUAGAUUUGAAUUAUUAUUUUCUGCUUACAGAUUAAUUGUCAAUAAAGUAUUUCUUUUGUCUGUAUGCAGAGGGCUACAAAUAGCUAAUAAAUAGAAAAGAAUAUGGAUAAUCAUAAUAAGGAAGCAUAAGCAAACUAAAUGAAAGUUCUUUAUAUAUUUGCAAACAAAUAAGUUUUUUUCAUGUUAAAACUGUAAAUCAUAGUAUAUAUUCCAUUAGUCUGGUUUUGUAGCUACUUAUUGUGUAAAAUGCUCAUAAUUUGUAUAAAGUUUAAGAAAAACCCACAAUAAUUUGAAAUUGGAAAGACUUGUUUUAAAGAUAAAUAUUACAUCUGUUAUUUAAUACUUUUAGAAAAAGGAAAUUAGAAACCAUAUUCUGGUUAUUGCUACAAAAAAAAUGUAUAGCAAUAUAAUUAUCUGUACCAUCUUUUAUAGAAUUAAACCAUCUUGAGUUAUCUCCCAUCCAUAUUCAUUGAGUUUAAAGAUAAAAUAAAAACUUUUGUAAACUUGUUAAACAAAUUUAUUUAUCAGGUAAUUUUUUGUAAAGUAUUGCUUUAAAGGAAAAGUGAUAGAUAGAAAUGAAUUGCAUUUCUGUAUCUAAAAGGUUAUUUUUUUUAAUAUUGCCAUUUGAUUAGGGACUUUCUGUUUCAAAUUUCCCCCAAGAGUUCAGUAUUUUUGUGAUUUUACUUUUUUCAGUAUAAACCUGUAUAUAUAUUAUCUGCAUCACAACUUUUUCUUCCAUCAAUACUGUUUUUAGUUAAAAUGGCAUUGUUGAAUAAGCCACUAUUCUAUAUUCAGAUAUUUACUUUCUUGUAAAGAAUAACUAAUUAUAAGGUUUUGAAUUGUACUGAAAUAACUAUCAUUGUUUUAUCAAUACAUCUAAGUACUUACUCCAGCUGGACUGGACAUUUUUUGUCAGUUAUUUGUGAUAUUGUUUUUGAUAAACAGUUGUUUUGUUUGUUUGUUUUAAUACUGUUUUUAUUAGUCUCUCAUUGUUUUUACCAUGUAUACAUAUAUAUUGCUAUAAGUUUAUUAUUAAAUAAUAUACCAAGA